UUUUCAGUUGGCGAAAGGCUCGGAAGGAAGAAGUCCAUCAUCCUCAGCUCAUCGUUCAUAGCAAUAGGGCCAGCAGCACAGAUUUAUUUAUGCGGCGUUCUACAUGUGAUUCUCGGAUAUAUCAGGGUACAGUUAGAAACACAUGAAGUUUCAGGGUUCUUCCAUUCAUACUCAUGUAUAAUUGGCAACGACAUUGACACUGCAAGUGCCCCGGUUUGGCAAAUGGAAACAUUAUACGCACAAUGGCGUGGAAAGCUCGUCAUGAUUGAGGUGAUGAUGAAUAUCUUCCAAUUCAUGCUCGUCAACUGA